AUGCUUUUCGCUCUAUCUUCAUUCCCCAUCCCUCAAUCCCCAAACCGUAAUCAAAUCCAUCACGUAAAACCUCAAUCUUCAGAAACCCUCAAAAUUGAUCUUCUCCGCAACUUCAACUCUCCAUUUGAGCUCAGACAAGUCCACGCUCAGAUCAUCAAAACCAACGCUCCUCUAUCAAUCCUCCCCCUUACUCGAGUUGGCCUUGUUUGCGCUUUCACUCCUUCCUUCCACUAUGCUCAACAAAUUUUCGAGUGCGUCGAAAAGCAGAAACCUGAGACUUUUGUAUGGAAUUCUUGUUUGAAAGCCUUAGCUGAAGGGGAUUCUCCAAUCGAUGCAAUUAUGCUUUUUUAUAGGUUGCGCCAGUAUGAUGUUUGCCCGGAUACUUUCACUUGUUCUUCUGUUCUCAGGGCUUGUUUGAAUCUAUUGGACCUUUCAAAUGGUAGAAUUCUUCAUGGGGUUGUAGAGAAACUCGGAUUUCGGUCCAAUUUGUAUUUGCAAAACAUGAUUGUUCAUUUGUAUGCUUCUUGUGGGGAGAUGGGGGAAGCGCGGUUGUUGUUUGAGAAAAUGCCACAAAGAGACGUUGUGACAUGGAAUAUAAUGAUAGCCCAAUUGAUAAAGCAGGGAGAACAUGAAGGGGCGUACGAUUUAUUUUCCCGGAUGCCUGAGAGAAAUGUGAGGUCAUGGACUUCUAUGAUUGCAGGUUAUGUUCAGUGUGGGAAGGCAAAGGAAGCUAUUCAUCUUUUUGCAAAGAUGGAAGAAGCGGGGGUGAAGUGUAAUGAGGUGACAGUGGUGGCUGUGCUUGCUGCUUGUGCUGAUUUGGGUGCACUUGAUUUGGGCAUGAGGAUUCAUGAGUACUCAAAUCGACAUGGGUUUAAGAGGAAUGUCCGUAUUUCUAAUACUCUAAUUGAUAUGUAUGUAAAAUGUGGAUGCUUGGAGGAAGCGUGUAAAGUUUUUGAAGAGAUGGAAGAGCGAACUGUUGUGUCAUGGUCAGCCAUGAUUGGAGGGCUGGCAAUGCAUGGACGAGCUGAGGAAGCUCUAAGACUCUUCUCUGAUAUGUCCCAGGUGAGCAUCGAGCCCAAUGGGGUCACUUUCAUUGGACUCUUGCAUGCUUGUAGUCACAUGGGGUUGAUAACUGAGGGGCGCAGAUUCUUUGCCAGCAUGACUAGAGAUUAUGGAAUAAUUCCCCAGAUUGAGCAUUAUGGUUGUAUGGUUGAUCUUCUGAGUAGGGCAGGGCUCCUUCAUGAGGCUCACGAGUUCAUCUUGAACAUGCCAAUGAAGCCAAAUGGGGUUGUGUGGGGUGCUCUCCUUGGGGCAUGUAGGGUACACAAAAAUGUUGAAAUGGCAGAAGAAGCAAUCAAACACCUUCUUGAAUUGGACCCACUUAAUGAUGGAUACUAUGUGGUGUUAUCAAACAUCUAUGCUGAAGCAGGACGAUGGGAAGACACAGCAAGAGUAAGGAAGUUCAUGAAAGAUCGACAAGUGAAGAAAACACCUGGGUGGAGUUCAAUCACAGUAGAUGGGGUGGUCCAUGAGUUUGUGGCUGGGGAGGAGAGCCAUCCUGACACAGAGCAGAUAUUCCAGAGGUGGGAUGAGCUGCUGGAAGAAAUGAGGCUAAAGGGAUAUGUGCCAAACACUUCAGUGGUUCUGCUGGACAUAGAAGAGGGUGAGAAGGUGAAAUUUGUGUCUCGCCACAGUGAGAAACUAGCCCUGGUUUUUGGGCUAAUGAACACACCAGCUGGAACACCGAUUAGAAUUAUGAAGAAUCUUCGUAUCUGUGAGGACUGCCAUUCUGCUUUCAAAUUGAUAUCAGCAAUUGUUAAUAGAGAGAUAGUCGUCCGUGACCGGAAUCGCUUCCACUGCUUCAAUGAUAAUUCUUGUUCUUGCAGGGACUACUGGUAG